UCCACACGUGUUCAUGUUGGAAAUUUACUUUUUUAUUUUUUCCCAAAUUUGAAAUUUCCAAAUCGGUUAACCUUAAUUCUGAGAAAUGUACGAUUCAUUUUUUUAUUAGUUAAUUAAUUAUUAAUACAAUAUUGCGUUAGUGCAAUAUUGGCCACCCCGUGGAUACUAGUGAUACUACCCAUCACUAGUCGUAUCAGAACCGAAAGAAAAGUUUCAUUAAAAACCGCCAAAAGACCUAAAGAGCGAUAUUUGAUUUGACCGAAUUUUUUUAGUACACCAUUCGGUCGCGAUCCGCACAUUUGACAGAUUCGUUCAUUUUGAAAUUUGAUUCUUUCAGACAUUCAGUCGCGACCAUCGCAACUAUAGCGUUUUGGAGGUGAAAUAAAACAUGGAAGAAGAUCCAUUUUUAGCUCGUUACACUUACGAUUUAUCUCCGGAAUUAAUUACCUGUUUGAAUGACAAACCUCCACUCGAAGAGGAAACUGUUUUAGAGUGGUCCGAGUUGGGAAAACUUAUUUUCAAAAAACCAAAACUAACAAUAGUCGAAGACCGUCGAGUCAAGGCGUUGGAAGAAACUCGACCGUUUGCCAAGCUGCCCAAUGUUCCUGUUGCCGUUGACAGUGUUCAAAAAUUGUUUUUGCACAAACAACUCACAUCAAAUAUAAAAAACGUCAGUAAAUUCCAAUUAGAACUAUUGUCAAUAAUUACUAGGUAUCAUGAUUUCAGUUACACCGAAAGAAGUUUUGAAAAUGCAGAAGAAUUAAGGUAUUGUUACUGUAUACAUGCAAUUAAUCAUGUUCUUAAAAGUCGAGAUAUUGUUGUAGAAAAUAACAAUAAACAAGACGGUGAUGAAGAUGAGUUGCGUGAUCAAGGGCUUACUAGACCUAAAGUUUUAAUUUUAGUCCCAUUUAAAGAUGCAGCAUAUCGAAUAAUAAACAUGAUGAUAUCUCUUUUGUCUCCCAAAGAAAAUUUCAAUGUAGUGCACAAAAACAGAUUUGUAGAAGAAUUCACUGGUGGUGAAUUGACGUUACCAAGAAAAAAUCCUAAACCAGAAGAUUUUGAGAAAACAUUUGUUGGAAACAUUGAUGAUGCAUUUAGAAUUGGUAUGGCAGUUACUAAAAGUAGUUUGAAACUGUAUGAGAAUUUUUAUAACUCUGACAUAAUAAUAGCAUCACCACUUGGCUUACGUAUGAUAAUUGGUGCUGAAGGAGAGUCAUCUAGAGAUUAUGAUUUUUUGUCAUCUGUGGAAGUGCUUAUGUUUGAUCAGUCUGAAAUAUUUUUGAUGCAAAAUUGGGAUCAUGUGUUACACAUCAUGAAUCAUUUUCACCUUCAACCAAAGGAAGCACAUGGUACAGACUUACAGCGAGUGCGUAAUUGGUCAAUUAACGGUUUGUCUAAACAUUAUCGGCAAACAAUAUUAUUCUCAUCAUGUAAAUUACCUAAUUUGAUGGCAAUAUUAAAGAAUAGAUGUAUAAGUUAUGGUGGCUCAGUUAGUGUUGUAAAUCCAAUCGUAACUGGUACUAUUAGCCAUGUUGUCUGUAGUCUUAAACAAUUCUACCAUAAACUCAAUUCAAAAACACCAACUGAAUCUAUUAAACAAAGAUUUGAAUAUUUUAUAAAUAAAAUACUUACACAACUUCAAGCCUCAAGUGAAAAACAUGUCUUGAUCUAUAUUCCAUCUUAUUUUGAUUUUGUGUGUAUAAGAAAUUACUUGAAAACGGAAGAUUACAGUUUUGUACAAAUUAGUGAAUACACCAAACCUGGUAAAGUAGCCAGAGCCAGGGAUUUAUUUUAUCAUGGAGAAUGUCAAAUUCUGCUAUAUUCUGAGCGUUAUCAUUUUUAUAACAGAACAAAAAUUCGUGGUAUUGAAAAUAUUAUUUUUUAUCAAUUACCCACAUUUGCCAGCUUCUACAGUGAACUUUGUAAUUCAAUCAUAGACAACGAUGGCUGUACUCGAAAUAUUACAGCACUCUACUCGCAUUAUGACGCAUGCGUGUUGACUUCAAUUGUUGGAACUCAAAGAGCUAAAUACAUGUUGACUUCAGAGCAAAAAAUACAUAUGUUCCAUUCAGGAACAUAAUGUGGUUAAAUCUAUGUUUAAAAUUAUAUUUUUCAAUAAUAAAAAAAAAAACUUAUAUUUUAAAUGAUAAGUUAUUUAGCUUGUG